UGCAGUCGACGAAAAAAUAACGCUUGGACCUGUUCACUUGAACACUUAGGUUUAACCCGCCACCGCUGUGACCGUUUAUUUCGUUGUUUUUAACCGCUGAAGGGUAACCGGGUUCGACCCUUGUCAUCUGCUUACCUGUCGUUUAGAAUUCCGUCGUUCAAAUGCCGAGUUGACAACACGCGCCUCGUUAAUAGACAUUGUGCGAGGAAAGGAGCUGGCAGGAAUAGACAACUGUGGCAUGUUUAUGUAUUGUGGCGGUCGGUCCUACACAACAUGUACACUACCUAACGUGCGUUUCAAUUAAAUCCUUAUCUUCGGGGAGAGCAGUGAAUUGUAGGGAAUUGGAUAGGGCAAGGACAGAUGAGUAUUUAAUACGAGCACGGUUGAACAGUAUAGGUUACCGUCGGAUGUAUUCCUAUUUCUCUCUCAAUUAUUUCUAAUAUUUUACUAAGGGGGAGAGAAGGACUGUAUCUCACCCCGUGCUUUUCUCUCAACAUUUCUCUAUCUGUUUCUGGAGACUUUGCAGCCGUGCGCUCUCAGUGAGAUAAUCUAUUUCAGAACCUUGGACAGCGGAUAUACGGAUACAAAGAAUGGUCGGAGGAUACACAUCGUUCUAUACCACUGCAACGUUUUCUGGUUGCUAUUCAUAUCGAGCGAGCAAGUUCAAUUAAGAGACUUCCAACCUGCAUGUAUCGUUAAUUGACCUUAUCUGUCUGUCAAUUUCAAUUUAACUUACUCUCACCCGGCUAUUGAUUGCGCUAAAAGUGUAACUGCAAGAGGAUAUCUACCUGCAAAUGAUAUCCAACUGGCUUUACUUAUAGGCUUCUGUGGAUUUGGGUCGUGUUUUUAUAUUGUCCCGAGACCAACACACGUUGAGUGAAAAGACAGAGGAAUAAUACUUUAGAGACAGAAAAACAGCCUUUUGUGUAGGUUGCUCAGACUGAACAAUAACAUUUAUUUACAGACAAAAACGAAGUUACCCUUCAGUAGAACUAGUGUUGAGAUAGAUUGGCUAUUUUAUGAGGAAUACAAAAUAGUUUAUUUUGUCACGACAAAAACACACACUUACAAGAGUUCUUGACACAGCAACAGCAGAACAAUAUCAGAGGAGAAAAGUCACCCAGACAAUUCUCAACCAUCAGCAGCAUACAAUAUGUUCUACCUUUAAAACCAAGUUUCUGACACUCUAAAACUUCCACCAUGGCGGUGUCCUGUCAAAGUCUACCCGGGGGUCGACGCUCCGUCAUUGGCCAGACGUUGAUGUUUGCCUCGCUGACUUUACUCCUCUCUUGGUCCUGCCCGACUCUAGGCAAGAAGAAGCUCUACAUCGGUGCCCUCUUCCCGAUGAGCGGAGGCUGGCCCGGGGGCCAAGCAUGCCUCCCUUCCGCUCAGAUGGCCCUCGACUUGGUGAACAAGAGAACGGAUAUACUGCCGGAGUACGAACUGGAACUGAUCCACUACGAUAGCAUGUGUGAUCCAGGUGAAGCCACCAAGCUCCUGUAUGACCUCCUCUACACUGAGCCCAUCAAGAUGGUCCUGAUGCCCGGCUGCAGCUCUGUGUCCACUCUGGUGGCCGAGGCCGCUCGCAUGUGGAACCUUAUAGUGUUAUCCUAUGGUUCCAGUUCUCCAGCUCUCUCCAACCGUCAGCGCUUCCCAACGUUCUUCCGUACCCAUCCGUCUGCCACCCUCCACAACCCCACCAGGGUUCAGCUCUUUCAGAAGUGGAAAUGGACUAAGAUCGCAACCAUCCAGCAGACUACGGAAGUCUUCACCUCGACGCUGGAUGAUCUAGAGACGAGGACCAAGGAGGCCGGGAUAGAGAUCAGCGUUCGCCAGAGCUUCCUCACCGACCCGGCUCCAGCUGUCAAGAACCUCAAGCGGCAAGAUGCCAGAAUCAUUGUGGGGCUCUUCUACGAGACAGAAGCCAGAAAAGUUUUCUGCGAGGUGUACAAGGAGAAGCUCUAUGGGAAGAAAUAUGUCUGGUUCCUGAUUGGUUGGUACGCAGACAACUGGUUCAAGAUCAAAGACCCGUCAAUCAACUGCACCGUGGAGCAGAUGACAGAGGCGGUGGAGGGCCACGUUACCACGGAGAUCGUCAUGCUCAACCCAGAGACCGUCCGAGGGGCCUCCAAUCUGACGUCUCAGGAGUUUCUGAACCAGCUGAUGUCUAAGUUGGGGGGUAAGAACCCAGAGGAGACGGGGGGGUUCCAGGAGGCCCCUCUGGCUUAUGAUGCAGUGUGGGCUCUGGCUCUGGCCCUCAACAAGACCGUUGGGCCCCUGAAGGCCAAGGGCCGCAGGCUGGAAGACUUCAACUACAACAACCGAGAUAUCACCGCUGAGAUCUACCGCGCUCUCAACACCAGCUCAUUCGAAGGAGUGUCGGGCCAUGUUGUGUUUGACGCCCAGGGUUCUAGAAUGGCCUGGACUCUUAUUGAGCAGCUGCAAGGAGGCAGCUAUAAGAAGAUUGGAUACUAUGACAGUACUAAAGGCAAUCUAUCCUGGUAUGGGAAUGACAAGUGGAUAGGUCCAGGCCCCCCAGCAGAUCAGACGGUGGUUAUAGAGGAGUUUAGGUUCCUUUCUCAGAAGCUCUUUGUCUCUGUGUCUGUGUUCGCUGGACUGGGGAUCCUACUGGGGAUAGUGUGUCUCACAUUCAACAUCUACAACAGCAAUGUCAGGUACAUCCAGAACUCCCAGCCCUACCUGAACAACAUGACGGCGGUGGGGUGUAUGAUGGCUCUGGCUGCUGUCUUCCCUCUGGGCCUCGACGGACACCACGUACACAGGAAACAGUUUCCCGUUGUCUGCCAGUUCCGUCUGUGGCUGCUUGGCCUGGGCUUCAGCCUGGCUUACGGCUCUAUGUUCACUAAGAUCUGGUGGGUCCACACCGUCUUCACCAAGAAGGAUGACAAGAAAGAGAAGAGGAAGCACCUGGAGCCGUGGAAACUCUACACCACAGUGGGAGUGCUGCUGAUCAUCGACGUGAUGUCACUCAUGAUCUGGCAAAUAGUGGAUCCUCUACACAUCACUGUGGAGAAGUUUGUGAGAGAGGCCCCUAAAGGAGACCUGGAUGUUCUGAUCCAACCUCUGCUGGAACACUGCAGCUCAGACAAGAUGAACACUUGGCUUGGGGUGGUGUAUGGCUAUAAGGGCUUGCUGCUGCUCCUGGGGAUCUUCCUGGCUUAUGAGACCAAGUCUAUAUCAACAGAGAAAAUCAACGACCACCGCGCGGUGGGCAUGGCCAUCUACAACGUCUCAGUGUUGUGUAUGAUCACGGCUCCCGUCACCAUGAUCCUGUCGUCGCAGCAGGACGCCUCGUUUGCCUUCGCCUCCCUGGCCAUCGUCUUCUCUGUCUACAUCACCCUGGUGGUGCUCUUCGUCCCCAAGAUGCGUCGGCUGAUCACCCGAGGGGAGUGGCAGUCUGACACCCAGGAGACCAUGAAGACACAGGGCUCAUCCACCAACAACAACGAUGAGGAGAAGUCCAGACAGCUGGAGAGAGAGAACAAGGAACUACAGAAGAUCAUUCAGGAGAAAGAAGAGAGGGUGUCAGAGCUGCGAAACCAGCUGGUGGAGCGACAAGCCCUCCGCUCCCGAAGACGACCCUCCACAGCCACCCAGAACCACAGCACGCCCCUUCUCCCCGUCCCCUCAAACGACUCCAAAUCCCUCGUUCCCCCACCGGGGUACCCUAAUCCCACCUCAGAUAACCACUCCCUCCCUCCAUCCUUCUCCAACUCCUCCAACCUCUAUCAGCCCGAUGGGAAGAUCAGCAGAAACAACUGCCACACCAGCCGGAUUCAGCUACUCUACAAGUGAACGAGAGGAGGAGAGGAAGAGUGUGUGAAAGGGGGAUAAGUUAUUGUAUGAAGAAUGAAUGGAUGGACGAGUAAUGGGGUGAGGGGGUAAGAGACGGGGUAGUGGUCCGAGGGUUGGGGUUAGUGAUAGGUAGGUAUGGUAGUGAUCAGAGGGUUCGUGAUAGGUAGGUAAGGUAGUGGUCAGAGGGUUAGGGUUAGUGAUAGGUAGGUAAGGUAGUGGUCAGAGGGUUAGGGUUAGUGAUAGGUAGGUAAGGUAGUGAUCAGAGGGUUCGUGAUAGGUAGGUAAGGUAGUGGUCAGAGGGUUAGGGUUAGUGAUAGGUAGGUAAGGUAGUGAUCAGAGGGUUCGUGAUAGGUAGGUAUGGUAGUGAUCAGAGGGUUAGGGUUCGUGAUAGGUAGGUAAGGUAGUGAUCAGAGGGUUAGGGUUAGUGAUAGGUAGGUAAGGUAGUGGUCAGAGGGUUAGGGUUAGUGAUAGGUAGGUAAGGUAGUGGUCAGAGGGUUAGUGAUAGGUAGGUAAGGUAGUGAUCAGAGGGUUAGGGUUAGUGAUAGGUAGGUAUGGUAGUGAUCAGAGGGUUCGUGAUAGGUAGGUAAGGUAGUGAUCAGAGGGUUGGGGUUAGUGAUAGGUAGGUAAGGUAGUGGUCAGAGGGUUAGGGUUAGUGAUAGGUAGGUAUGGUAGUGAUCAGAGGGUUAGUGAUAGGUAGGUAUGGUAGUGAUCAGAGGGUUAGGGUUCGUGAUAGGUAGGUAAGGUAGUGAUCAGAGGGUUAGGGUUAGUGAUAGGUAGGUAAGGUAGUGGUCAGAGGGUUAGGGUUAGUGAUAGGUAGGUAAGGUAGUGGUCAGAGGGUUAGUGAUAGGUAGGUAAGGUAGUGAUCAGAGGGUUAGGGUUAGUGAUAGGUAGGUAUGGUAGUGAUCAGAGGGUUCGUGAUAGGUAGGUAAGGUAGUGAUCAGAGGGUUGGGGUUAGUGAUAGGUAGGUAAGGUAGUGGUCAGAGGGUUAGGGUUAGUGAUAGGUAGGUAAGGUAGUGAUCAGAGGGUUAGGGUUAAUGAUAGGUAGGUAAGGUAGUGAUCAGAGGGUUAGGGUUAAUGAUAGGUAGGUAAGGUAGUGAUCAGAGGGUUAGGGUUAGUGAUAUGCAGGUAAGGUGGUGAUCAGAGGGUUAGGAUUAGUGAUAUGUAGGUAAGGUAGUGAUCAGAAGGUUAGGGUUAGUGAUAGGUAGGUAUGGUAGUGAUCAGAGGGUUAGUGAUAGGUAGGUAAGGUAGUGAUCAGAGGGUUAGGGUUAGUGAUUGGUAGGUAAGGUAGUGAUCAGAGGGUUAGGGUUAGUGAUAGGUAGGUAAGGUAGUGAUCAGAGGGGCAACAGGAGUCAAACGGUGAUCUGAUUUAUUGAAUAAGAAAGAUCAGAGUGAGGCCUUACCUGAAGACAACUAGAAGAGAGGAGGAUGGCUUCUGAAGAUACCAAUUGAAAUCAGGUAAAGGGACUUGAAGAAGGGAAAACAGAAAGCACAGAGGAUUCUUGUUUUUACCUCCCUCUCUCUCUCUCUCUCUCUCUCUCUCUCUCUCUCUCUCUCUCUCUCUCUCU